AUGAGCUACGACUGGAUACUCGAUGGAGGCUACCUCCCACAAGCAGCCAUUCGAUAUGGCAUACGCUAUCAGCUUCGCGACCGUCUUCGAACGAUCGAUUCGACGUCUGUCGAAGAGGCCUACAAGAAGAAAAUGACAUACGUGAAGAGUCUCCGAUCUCGCCCAAUGGCCGUCGAGACAGCUACUGCUAAUACUCAGCACUACGAAGUGGGCACGGGAGUCCUGCAAGCCUGCCUAGGUCCUAGGAUGAAGUAUAGCUCUUGCCUUUAUCCCACUGGCAAAGAGACUCUAGGGCAAGCCGAGGUGGAGAUGCUCGAGCUAUACACCGAAAGAGCGCAACUCAGCGAUGGAAUGCGUGUUCUAGAUCUAGGAUGUGGAUGGGGAUCUGGAGCGCUCUACUUCGCUGAAAUAUAUCCCAACUCGAAAAUCACCGCGUUCUCAAACUCGAAGACGCAGAAAGAAUACAUUGAUGGACAGGCUACCGCCAAAGGCCUUACCAACCUGCACGUUGUGACUGGAGAUGUGGUGGAACAUGAGUUCAAGUCUGAGUAUUACGACCGUGUGAUAUCGAUUGAGCUAUUUGAGCAUAUGAAGAAUUAUGAGCUUCUCAUGGGUAAAAUCGCACGAUCUCUGAAGCCUGGCGGCAAGCUUUUCGUACACAUCUUCAGCAACGUUUCGACAUCUUACGAUUUUGACGGAGGUUGGAUGAGCGAACACUUCUUCACUGGUGGUACCAUGCCGUCUGCGGAUCUGUUGCAUUACUUCCAGAAGGACCUCGAGUUGCAAGAACAAUGGUGGGUCAACGGAAAACACUAUGCUCAGACUUGUGAGGACUGGCUCUCGAAAAUGAUAGAUCACAAGGCGGAGCUCUGGCCGCAUCUGGUGAAUACUUAUGGACCGAAAAACGUCGCUAUGUGGUACUACAGAUGGCAGAUCUUCUACAUGGCUUGCGCCGAGCUCUUUGCGUAUGGAGGAGGAAACGUCUGGGGGGUAUCACACUAUCGGUUCCUAAAGGGACAACAAUAG